AUGCGCCAUAAUGAAGCCGCUAAAGAUUUCAAAAGCAUGCAUACCGUCCCUCAUAUUCCCGUUGGUAAGACAGAUUUCUUGCAAACAUAUUACAAACAGGCUGCCGCAAUUUUCACCAGAAACAUAUAUUAUAAAGUAAAAGAACAGAUUGAGGAAGAGCAACCCUAUUCAAUUUCUCAUCGGGAAGAUCAAGGGGAUUCAUACCUCUUCUCUUUAGCUAGAUUCCAAUACGGUGAGAUAAGACACCGAGUCUUAUAUAACAAAGAGAAGAAUGAGUUAAAUUGUUCGUGUUUGUUGUUUGAGUCCGAUGGUAUUCCAUGCAAGCAUAUAUGGUGUGUAAUGAAAAGUCUUGACAUUCGAGUUAUACCAGAAUCCUUAAUAUUAACUCGUUGGCGAAAGGAUGUCAAGACUUCUUCCUCUACACAAGUUGGUGAACACUCAUCCGAGCAUCAAAAGAUGACCCAAUUGUCAAGGUUUGGAGCGCUCAAUGCUUAUUCAAACUCAAUGAAUUUCUUUGCAUCACACUCAGAAGCAACAUUCCAAAUGGCAAAGAUGGAGUUGGAAAAACUUAAUACCAUCUUUAGGGCGUCUUACGAGGAGGGACAGAAUAGCCAAAACUCACAACCAACCACAACAUAUCGUGAUAAUCCAAACAUAAUCCAAGAUCCUGUAAGAGUGAGGACGAAGGGCAUGGCCUCAACGAAUUCUAGAAAAGGAACAAAUGAUGGAGUACAAGGAGGUAGGCAAUGCACACUUUGUGGAGGUCGAGAUCAUAAUAAACGAACUUGUAUGAGAAGGACAGGGGUCUAA